UUUUGAUUUCAAGUGAGAUAGUCGUUAUGGCUCGGAUUUCUACUUAAUUUUCUCCGCGUUUGUCACCCCGUUUAGUGUGUGUGUGCGUUGUUCAGUUGAUAGUCGUCCUUCAUGUAGCGCCACAUGAGUUCUUUGGAGUUUCUGCGUGGAGAAGUUGAGAGGUUAAAUAGCGAACUCCAGCAAGCUUCCCAGGAGAAAUGCCAAGCCGCGGAAUAUGGCUUGGCCGUCUUGGAGGAGAAACAGAAACUUCAAGACCAGUACGAAGAACUAGAAGCAUCUUGUGACAGCCUCCGACAAGAAUAUGAAUGUCUUAAAGAGGCUCAUGAGCAGCUUAAACUUGAACAGCAAAAGCGAAGCAAGUUUGGCGACGAUAGAGAAGAGGAUCUUGUCAAGGAGAGUGAAUCCAGAGAGGCUUCAUUCAUCCACAAGAUUGCUGACUUGGAAAAUGAACUGAGACACAGCAAGAAGUCAGAAAAGGAGUGCCUCCUGGAGAGUGAUAGAAAAACAAAUCAAAUCAGCAACCUGUUUAAAGAAAUUGAACAAUUAAACCAGACCAAUAAGCAGUUGCGGACUGAGGCAAGGCAACUCAAGCACCGAGAAGCCAAACAUCUUCAGGAGUACAGUGAGCUGGAGGAAGAAAACAUCAAUCUUCAAAAGCAGUAUACCUCCCUCAAGUCAUCCAUGGUAGAAUUUGAGGCACUGAAGGUGGAAAACAAGAGUUUGACAGACGAGAUCGAAGCUGUCCAGCUUCAGCUCCAGAUGGCGUGUGAGCGACGAGACCAGUACAACAGGCAGCUGAACGAAGCCCUCGAGUCACUCAAAGAGCAGCGAGAGCGUAACACGGUCUUACAGAAAGAGCUCACAGAAAGAAAACAGGACCCGAUUUUCAACAGCUGGGAGAUUGAGAGCUCCGUCGUUGCCCAGUUGGAGCAAAACGACGAUGAAGAGAGUGGAAGCGAGAAGGGCUCAAAACCUACCACACCCAUGAGUCCAGGUCCGGUGCUGGUGGAUGACCUCAUGAAGGAACUGCACCUGUCCGAGAUGAAAGGAAUGGAGGAGGAGCUUACCAGGCUCAGUAACGAGAAGAACCAGCUCUGUCACGAGCUUGAGAAAAAGAGCAUGGACGCAGCGAAGAUGAAGGAGGAGUUUGACGCCAUGGCGACCAUCAGGGAGGCGAAGAUCCUUUGCCAGACCUUAGAGGACGACUUUGACGAGGAGCAGUUGAGCACGUCCAUGGAGAACUGCCUGAAGAUCAACAAUCAGCUAAAGGAGCUGGUGGACUUGAAGAAGUUGGUCAAGCGCUACCAGACAAAGGAUGGAAAGUCUCAGGCGCAGAUUCGAGACUUGAAGAACGACUUGGAUAACAUGAGAGCAAAGCUUGGCAACGCGCAGACUAAGGCAGAUGAAUGCGUGUUCCUCACCAGUCGCGUCCAGCAGUUAGAAGAAGAGCGGAUGAACUGGAAGAAUAAAGCGUCAGAAGCGGAGGAAAUCAUCAAGAGUCUUCAAGAGGACGUCAAGUCUAUGAGUGAUCUUGCUGGUGAGGCGCAGGGAAGUCUGAACUGUACCCAGGAUGAGCUGAGGUACGUCAGUAACGACAUUUCAAAGCUCUACAAGCACGUCUGCUCGGCGAACGGGGAGACCCCUAGUCCAAUGCUGACUAGUGUCGGAUCAGGAUCCAGGACGGGAUCCCCUGCUGCGCCCACCAAUGCCGCGUCUGCAUCGCCAGGGAAGAGCGGUGGCCCGGAGGAGCGACAGUCUCCAAUGGGCAGCGAGAACCCGAAUGACUCUGAGGAGCGCGUGGACCCCAUGUCUUGUUACCGAAUGAUGAGUACUGUGCGAGACCAGGUCAAGUUCCUCAAACGUGCCGUGGAGAAGACCGUGGAGAUCUCCAAGCAGCGUGCCCUCGAGUAUCGCACUGUGGUGAACGACGAGGACCGCGUGCCUGCAGCUGGGGAGUUUGACGAUACGCUCAGAGGACAGGUGGUCAAACUCCAGAGCCUGCUGGCUACCAAACGUGAGCAAAUCUCCACCUUCAGAACUGUGCUCAAAGCCAAUAAAUCCACCUACGAGGUGGCCUUGGCGAACCUGAAAAGCCGGUACGAGAACGACAAGGCGGUGCAGGCUGAAUCUGUCGCACAGCUCAAGCGCAACCUGAAAGCUUUCAAAGCAGAGGCGGCGACCUUCGCGUCUUUGCGCAGUAUGUUCGCGGCGCGCUGUGAGGAGUACGUGGUCCAGCUGGAUGAGCUUCAGGGUAAGCUGAUGGCAGCCGAGGAGGAGAAGAAGACCCUGAAUCAGCUCCUGAAGCAAGCGAUCCACCAGAAGAUAGCACUUACACAGAGACUCGAGGAAUUCGAAAUUGCACGAGAGAGACUGCGCGCCUACACGCGGCGAAAAUCGCGAAGCGCGAAACCACCAAAGCCUGUUACGCGUGUAUAGUGACAAAUUUUAUAGAUUAUUUUUAUGAGAUCUUCUAAAUUCCUCUAUCUUACGCCAUCAGCUUUGCUAAUAAUAAUAUGAAUUUAACAGACUGAAAUUUUAAAAACUAAAACUUUAAAAAGUUUUUUAACGAUGUAUCUAAAAAAAAAUAGAUUUACUGUCGGAUCCGUUGUAUCGCGACCCGCCUUUUCAAACACGAUUUGUUUUGGUUUUCUGUUCCGUCAGUAAAACCAUUCUGAGCCAAUCAGAGUCUCGCUUUGUGCACGUCCCUGGCUAUCCUCUGGACGAGAACCAGACAUUGUCGCGACAGAAAGCCAGGCAACUGCACUAGGCGCGAGAUGGCAAGAAUCUGAUUGGCCUAGAAUUAUUUGACUGGCGGAACGGUAAAUCACAAAAGACAAAAACAAAUCGAUGUUUUGAAAAUGCGGCGUCGCGAUACAACGGAUUCGACAGUAAAAAUAAUCCGGUAAAUUUUCAAUGAAUUUUACAUAGUGUAUAGUGGAAUUGUAAACUUUCGCAAUGUAGAUGUUUAGUGUAGGUCAUGUUUUGUGGUAUCAUGAUAAAUGUGCAAAAUGAAAGAUUCAUUCACUUUU